AUGCGGCGUGCGGUGCAGCAGCUGGCCCUGAACGCCGCCCGCGGCAUGGGGUCGGCGCCAGCGGAGCAGCAGCUGGGCGGCGCCGUGGUGGCCGCGGCGCGCGGCAUGGCCGGCCACGGCCCCGCGCCGGAGGUGGUGCCCAACCCGCUGCAGAAGAUCGUUCCCCCGAUCAUCAGCGGCGUCAAGGCGGGCGUGGACGGCGUGACGAAGGGCAUCCCUGCGGCGGCGGCGGCCAUCGCCAACAGCGGCGCAACGCGCGGCGCCAUCGCAUACUUUGCUGACAAGGUCCUGCUGUCCGGCCUGGUGGGCACCCCCAGCGAGCUGGACUUGGCGAAGUGGGCGGCCUGGCUGGCAGACAACGGCUACGACAGCCAGGAGGGCUGGGCCAAGAUCGUGGCCGGGGCCAAGGAGAAGCUGCCGACGCUGACGCCCGCGGACGUGUCUGCGCUGGUGCCGGCGCUGCACUCCCAGGGGCUCUACGACAAGGCCCUGUUUGAGGGCUUUGCCGCCAUCAUCCAGGCCAAGUUCACCGAGUUUGAGACCCCCGCGCUGGCCAAGAUCGUGGCGGCCUACUCUGACAACGACCACUUCGAGGUCGGCCUGUUUGACGACAUCGCUGACUCGAUCGCCUACUGCAACCACUACCUCGCGCCCACUGUCACGCCGCUGCCGGACAUUGCGGCGGUGUUCCAGGCGUACUCCAAGUUUGGCCACGACCGCGGGGACCUCUUCAUCCCCCUGGCCAGGGCUGUGCAUGAGGACCGGCUGCGCGAGCUGAGUGAUGCGGACCUCAAGGCCACAGUCAACGGCCUCCUGUCAGCCUUCAUCAAGCUGCACUUCUGGCCGGACUGCACUGAGGCGCUGCUGCUGAUCGCGGAGCAGCGCCCCGGCGUGGCGGACGGCUCCAUCGUCCAGGACGCCACCGCCAGGGUGAGCCUGGACCCUGUCUCCCACUGCUUUUGGACGUGGUUGCGAUUGAUUACAGCAUCGCAUCGUCUUAGCACGGUUGCCGUGGCAGCUGCUUAG